AUGUUCAUUCUUCUGGAGUCCAUGGUAUAUUCAAUAUUCUUUGCCAACACCAUAAUUCAAAUCAUCAAUUCAGUGCAUCAAAUCAGUCUAGGUACCUAUUGUGUAAGUUAAAUACAAAUGCCAGUUGAUUGAUGUAGAAGAAAUGUGUGGUUAAUCCUGGACUUUCUCAAAGUUUUGAUUUCAGAUAAUUUUCCUUUCUUCGUUAAGAUAAUUCAUUAAAUGCAUACCUAAAUUUACAUAUUUAAAAUUUUAUCACAAAUAAAAAAAAUUAUUUUCAAAUGACAUCCUUAUUUUUGGUCCGGAAAAUAUAAAGCUUCGUGUCAGCAUAAAAUAGAUGCUUAGUUAAAUAUUUGUCAGAUAAAUAAAUAUCCUCAGGGUCUGUACAGCUGGAACUGACUAGAUGCCAAUAUCUUUAUGUCUUUCACUGAACUCUGAACUAAUAAGGGUGGAAUGUGAACUAAAAACAACUCUAGGAUAUUAAGUUAACUCCAAGGUUUAGGUAAUAAAAUUAUCUUGGCUUCACCCAGAUAAGGCGGGGUACAGACUUGCCCCUGCUGGAUGAGAGAUUUCUUGUUCUUCUCACCUUCUGCCAGAGGUAUCAGAGAGUACCCAGACUGAAAUAAUCUGUUUCAGGUGAAAAUAAUAAUAGCUACUUUUUAAUUAAUGUUUACUAAGUAUCAGGUACUGGGCUAGGCAUUUUUACAUGUAUCAUGCCAUUUCAUCUUUAAAACAACCCUAUAGGUGAGUAACUUUCACAAGAUUUCUCAGCUAGUAAAAAUCUGACUCCAGUACCUGAGUUUUAAUCACAAAACUGCCUCUGGACUGAAGAAGAGGUCUGGGCUAGGGAGUAAGAGUAGGAAUUGGAAAGGCUGUUUUCUGCUUUUGUUAUCUUAUACUGUUAUUUGGAUGGGAGGAGAUAGAGAGAUGAUUCAGUGUUUUUUAAAUCUCUGACAUGGCACCAGCUCAACAGCAAAGAAUGACUGCCUUAGUUACUCUUCUGGAGGCUGAUCAAUCCUGGGUCCAAAUGGAACUCCAAUAGAGGAAGAGUGGGAUUCGCUACAUCUGUCAUUUGUCAGUUACUGAGCAACUACUGAGUGCAGAACUUUUGAAUACAAAAGCAGUACAUUAUCUGUGUUCACAAGGAGUUUAAACAGCAGUUGGGGGUUAAAACAUUAUUGAAACAGAAGAAAGUAUCAGUAAGUGUAAAUUAAGGUAUCUACUAACAUUGGCCUUUGAAUGGAACUCUUGUACAAUCUCUGUAAAUGUGGCUCCCUUUUAGAGGUUACAGAUAUGGCUUACUUUUUCAUCUGAAUAAAUGUUUCUCUGUGGCUCAGGAACUUUGGUGAUAAAAGAAGUCUUCAUAGAGGAAGAUAAUAAAGUUUCUAAUUCUUACUUCCUCCCUUACAGAUAAUAAAUUCUGAAUUCAAAUGCAGAUCAAGAAAAUAGGUCAAGAACACUCCAUCUUAUACCUCCCAGUUAUAUUUUUAUCGUGGGACUCCAUGAGAUGCUGAAAGGGCUAAAACUGGUUUGACUUACAGAACUUCUCCUAGAACUGAUAUUCACAAAAAUCUCUGGUUGUGGGGAAGAGUGAGAUCUCUCAUGAAGAACCAAGGAAUGGUUCCUCAAUUUUCAAAGAUCCAAAAGUUAGAAAUUAAUUACAGCCAAUGACAGCAUCAUAAAAUCUUAGAUACAGAAAAAAAUCUUAGAAAUCAUCUAGUAUAACCCUUUAUUUUAAUGAUGAAACUGAGACCCAAAAAGUUGCUUGACCAAGUUCAUACUACUUAUUAGUGGUAAAUCUGGGACUAGAAUUGAUUGCUAAUAGGUAAUUUUCUUCUCACCCUUUCCAGCUUCCUGAUUUCUUUUUUUGGGACUCCUGAAAGUUCUAAGUAUUUCCAUAAUCCUUCGAUUAGGCAGGAAGAUGACCAUAAUCUAGGAUGUUUAUUUAGGAAGUGCUCACUCUCAGUUCUGCUUUUCCUGCCAGUUAAGACCUUCUUGGUAUUUCGAAGUAAGGAAAACUACCAUUUAUUAAGUACUUCCCAUGUGCCCAGGGUCUUUCACAUACAUCUUCUAAUAGAAUACUUAUAUGAUUCUUCUGAUGUAGACCAGUGCUUCUCACAUUUCAAUGGGUAGAUGAAUCACCCCAGGAUCUAGUUAAAAUGCAGAUUCUGAUUUGGUAGGUCUAGGAUGAGGCUCAAGAUUAUACAUUUCUAAUAAGCUUCCAGGAAAUGCCAGUAAUGCUGUUGGUUGGUAGAUCAUAUGUUGAAUAGCAAAGAUGUUGAUACUGUCUUUAUCUUAUAGAUGAAGAAAACUGAGGCUCAGAGAGAUUUAAAUAACUUGUCCAAACUCAUACAGGUAUUAAAUGGUAGAAUAAUAAUUGGAUCUAGAUCCUUCUGACUCUAAAGCUCAAGAUGUGAUAGAGAAGCCAGGGAAAAAUAGAGAGUUUAUGUUUCAGUAUGUCUUAAACAGGUCAGUUAUCAAGUGAGUCAGUGGCAGAAUCCAGGACCAAAUCAAAAAGUCCUGCCUUCCAGCCCAGUGUUUCCCCUUUUCUUCCUGUCAGUUCCUUAAUCAGGGUCUUUCCUUCAUGCUUAGCAAACCGUAUUUAGAAUUGGCCUUUGGGUUUUCUUCCUUACAGGUUUAUUGCCAAACCCUGUGCUCUCCAUGUUGGCAUCCAGGACAGUGGUCUUUAUCAGGCUGAACCUAAUGCCAUCCUUGAAAAGGUGUUCAUGUCUAUUACCAAGGUGGAGAUUCACAUUUUAUUUAUGUAUAUUCUGCUACGGAAUUAGAUUUCUCUGGUCGUCACCUUGGUUCUGGGACACCCGACAGUGCUGGCAUAGCUAUCCAUAUCAGCUUCUCACAAGUGGGCUUUAUUACUAUUAUAUCAUGGAAUUGGCCUUCUAUUGGUCUCUUAUGUUUUCUCAGUUUACAGACAUUAAAAGAAAGGACUUCCUGAUCAUGUUUGUGCAUCACUUGGCCACCAUUGGACUCAUCACCUUCUCCUAUAUCAACAACAUGGUUCGAGUGGGAACUCUGGUCAUGUGUCUACAUGAUGCCUCAGACUUCCUGCUGGAGGCAGCCAAGCUGGCCAAUUAUGCCAAGUAUCAGAGGCUCUGCGACACUUUGUUUGUGAUCUUCAGUGCUGUUUUUGUGGUCACUCGUCUAGGAAUCUAUCCAUUCUGGAUUCUGAACACGACCCUCUUUGAGAGUUGGGAGAUGAUCGGGCCCUAUCCCUCCUGGUGGCUCUUCAAUGGCCUUCUCCUGAUCCUACAGGUUCUGCAUGUCAUCUGGUCCUACCUAAUUGCGCGAAUUGCUUUCAAAGCUUUGAUCCGAGGAAAGGUGUCAAAGGAUGAUCGCAGUGAUGUGGAGAGCAGCUCAGAGGAAGAAGAUGUGACUACCAGCACAAAAAGCUCGUGUGGCAGCAGCUCCAGGAAUGGUGCCAAUCGGGUGAAUGGUCACAUGGGAGGCAGCUACUGGGCUGAGGAGUAAGAUGGUUGGUAUGAGGACUUCAGCACACAUGGACUUGUAGGGCCACUGGCAACCUGCUCUUCUUGGGCCUCCUCAUGUCUACACUCCUGUGAUGAGGGGAACUGCAAGGCACUGAGGAGAAUCAAGCAAAUAUUUUCACUUUUUAAAACAACUCUGCCAUUUUGUAUUUAAUAGUCUCCAAGUCCUUUCAGUAAUGUUAUUUGCUCUUUGUGGGUAUAUUUCUGUGUGUGUGCGUGUAUGUGUGCAUUUGUGCAUAUGUAUGAAGUUCAUUGCCUAGGUCGGGGCAUUCUGGACUGGGCCUAGUGGGCCUUGCCUGUCCCCCUUUAUCCCCACCUCAGUCCCAGGUUCUGGCUGCGACCUGAAUUAUGCUGGCUCUGGACUAGCCCCUCCCUUAUUGCCCAGGGCUCUUGAGGCCCUAAGUCCCUGGACCAUCUGAAUGGAGUAGCCAAGUUCAGCUCCAGGUUUCUGCACUGUUUCUCCAUUGGAACUGGACCACUUCACAUGAUGGAGUUAUAUAGAAACAGAGAACCAUGGAUGGAUGGCCAGGACUGCUGUGGCCCCUAGCUGGAUCCCCUUCCUACCACCUGGUAGUGACAGGAACAGCUGCUGAGACCCUGCUUCUUUACUAAAUGGUACGCAGGGAUUGGGGGUGGGAGAGGGUAAGCUAAGGUCUGGGGGAAGACAACAGCCACUGGGUGAGCUGUUAACGGUUUUAUACUAUUGUUUACUCUUCUGUGAUUAAAAGUGCGUCAGCCCUCCUCUGCUGUCUCAAACUCUUUAGUGACUCUUUCCCCAAUUCCCUGAAUCCAUAUGCUGAUUUAAGAGUCUUUUCAGAGCUCUGAUUCUAGAGGCCCUGCCUGUACAAAUUUUUCCUUUGGGUGCAUGCUGGCAAGAGUAAACUGGAGUGCCUGCAUUUUAGGGCUUUUUUUUUUUUAAAGAAAAGAUAAACCUGUAUAGUCACAUUUUUUUCUUUUAAAAAAAAGCCCUAAAAUGUAGG